AUGCUCCGCACAUUCACCCGCAACACCGUCUCCAAGACUUUCGUCAAGCCUUCAUCGGCUGCCGCCCUCCGCGUCCGCGGUAUGGCCGACAAGAAGAUCGAGGACAACACUCAGGCCGCUGGUGAGGCCAAGGACACCAACCCCCAGAACCCCUCGGUCAUCUCCUCUGGUGGUGCCGUUGGCAAGCAGUUCAACCCCGAUGGAAACAUCGGCCAGGUUGGCGAGGCUGUUGGUGGACCUUUCUCCAAGGACGGCGCCAUUGGCUCUCAGUUCGACGCUGCCAAGGAUGGUCUUGCUGGUCAGGUCGAGAAGGCCGUCGAUGGCCCCAGCAGACCCGCCACCCAGAAGAAGUAA